AUUGGAAAUUGGGAUCGCAGCACCCUGGCUUCCGAUAUCUGGAAACGGCUGUUCCCGGCACGGAGCAGAACAGCAGGACUUGGAGGUGCAGCAGCAGUAAGGUUUCCAAUCCCGAAGAUCAUUACCUCAAUUGCUCGUCGAAUGGAUCACAUCAACUUGUUCAAGCUCUGCUCUGCUCUCCGCGUUCUCGGUUACUUCAUGAUCCUCCUCUUCGCCGCCAUCGUCGCCCUCUCCUACUACGCCGUUGUUAUCAUCGCCUGGGGCCCUCUCUUGUUCCACUCCCAUUCCCCACUCGCCUUCCUCAUUCUCUUCCUUUUUCACAUCCUUCUUAUACUGUUGACAUGGUCCUACUUCAUGGUGGUUCUGAAUGACCCUGGUUCUGUCCCCCAUAAUUGGAGGCCUUUGCCCAUCUCUCAGCACCACGAUUUAGAAGCUGUCACUACUCCUAUAUCACUCUACUCUCAAGUUGCACCUGAGUCCGAGGCUGCAGCUGAGGCUUCUUCUUCCUCUUCUUCCACUGGCUAUUGUACUCGAUGCCAGAAUGCCAAGCCACCCCGUUGCCAUCACUGCUCUGUCUGCCAAAGAUGCGUUCUUAAGAUGGAUCAUCAUUGUAUUUGGGUGGUGAAUUGCGUUGGAGCACGUAACUACAAGUAUUUUCUGCUCUUCUUGGUAAUUCCAUGUCUCCAUAGUUGCUACUUUCUUUGUGCUCUACAUAUUCUUGAGAAGGUUUUGGGAUUCUUCCUCUGCAUAUCGCUUGGAAGGUUUUGACAUUUUUUAUUACAUGAUAACACUGAACUUGUCAAUUACAUAUCGGUUGCAUCUGCAUCAAAUCAUUCAAUGAAAUGAUUG